AUGGUGUCCACUCGUCAAAGCAGUAAUAUUGCAUCUUCAAAUGAAUCUUAUGUUUCUGGUGGGAAUACCACGAAUGAAGCAUCUCAUUCAAAUCAUUCAACUCCACAUAAUGGUGGUAAAUUACUUCGAAGUGGGCUUUCAGCUCCUUCUAUGCCACCACCAUCUUACAUGCCAUCUACAUCUAAUAAUGAAGUGGCUGUUGCCAAUAAUAAUAAUAAUAACAAUAGCACUCCUGCUCAAUCGCAGCAGACAUCGACAAUUAAUUUAUUGGACCUUCCUCAUGAAAUUUUAGAUAAGAUUUUUAGUUUUUUGGGUUAUAAAAAUGUCGCCCAUCUUCGCCUGGUAUGUCGUCAAUUAGAUAGGGUAUGCCAAGCAAUUUUAAAUUCUACAUUUCAACGUCUUCAACAUCAAAUGCUUCAUAGAUUUCAAAGCAUCAAAGCUAAAAUGCCUAGAAGAGAAUCGGCAAGAAGGAAUCAUCCGUUGGCUUGCGAGAGUGACAUUAUUGAAACUCUUCACAUGAGAUUAACAUUAUUGCAAAUGACUUUUGGGAAACACAUUGAAAGGAAACAUUGUUGUUUUUUCGCUGGUGAAAUUCUUGAUGAAGUUAAUCAUAUAUUACAUUACAUAAAAGUAACAACAAAAUUAACCAGACCAUACAAAGUCACUGAUGAACUUUUUGAUUUAUCAACAAUGGCUAUGGAAUUUUUUAAAGAUCACAUUGAACCGACACUACCGGAAAUUGGAUAUUUUGGAACGGAUUUUAUAGAUUUUUCAUUCCCAAGGAGAUAUGAAAGUCCGACUAGUGGAAAUGAAGCAUCAUCCAUUGAUCCACAACCAGUGCCUCAAUCAAACAUGGUGUUGAGAAAAAGAAUUAGAAAAAUUAAACAAGGAAUGAAAAGAUAUAACAAUCAGUUAACCGUCAUGAGAAGAGAUUUAAGAACUUGCAAAUCGAAAAUUGCCGACCAACAAAAACAAAUUCUCGAAUACACAUCAAGAAUGGAUGAAUACGAUAAGAAAAAUGAAGAAACCUCGAGGAAAUUUAGCACUCUUUUACAAGAAUUGAACAAAUGCAAAACGGAAUUACAAUAUUGGAGAUCAAAAACGCCGGCUUUACCGCCAUUGUGUAAUAAUUGUGGUCAAGUCAGUUUUAUUCCGACUCCUACGGAAGAAUUACAAAGUUUAAGCAGAGAACCACCUUCCGAAGGUGAUGAUGACGACCCAUCUUAUCACCACCACUCGUUUACAUUAAAAUAA